AUGGUAACAGGAUACAGUGUGGGGAUUGAUCCUCCAUUUGCUGAAGACUGUACUGAUCUCUCCAUUAACUUCGUCAAAAAACGACCCCCUCUUCUCGCCUCCUCCCAGCUUCUCCUGAGCGCCUGUCGGCGGUGCUCCUCGGCGCUCCUUCCCAACGAGAGGAUCCGCAACAUCGGCAUCUCCGCCCACAUCGACUCGGGGAAGACCACGCUGACCGAGCGCAUCCUCUUCUACACCGGCAGGAUAGCGCAGAUGCACGAGGUGAAAGGUAAAGAUGGAGUUGGAGCCAUCAUGGAUUCUAUGGAACUGGAGCGACAGCGUGGAAUCACGAUUCAGUCUGCGGCAACGUAUACCAUGUGGAAGGACACCAACAUCAACAUCAUAGACACACCAGGACAUGUGGACUUCACAAUUGAAGUGGAAAGAUCUUUGAGAGUCCUUGAUGGAGCUAUUCUGGUUCUCUGUGCUGUUGGAGGAGUUCAGUGCCAGACAAUAACCGUGAACAGGCAAAUGAAACGCUACAGUGUGCCAUUUUUAACAUUUAUCAAUAAACUGGACAGACUGGGCUCUAGUCCAAACAGAGCAGUACAACAGUUGAGAUCCAAGUUAAAUCACAACGCAGCUUUUGUUCAGAUUCCAAUUGGGCUGGAGGGAAACUUUAAAGGAAUUAUAGACCUUAUUGAAGAAAGAGCUAUAUAUUUUGAUGGUGCACUUGGCCAGACUCUUCGAUACGAUGAAAUUCCAGCUGAAUUUAGAGCUGAGGCUGCAGAAAGACGCCGAGAAUUGAUCGAAUGUGUUGCUAACUCAGAUGAUCAGCUUGGGGAACUGUUUUUGGAAGAAAAGAUUCCUACAGCUGCUGAUUUGAAGCUUGCAAUCAGAAGAGCAACACUGAAGAAGUCCUUUACCCCUGUACUUGUGGGAAGUGCUCUGAAGAACAAAGGAGUACAGCCAUUGCUGGAUGCUGUCUUAGAGUAUCUGCCAAAUCCUUCAGAAGUUGAGAACUAUGCAAUGCUUAACCAGGCGGAUUCUGAGGACAAAACCAAGUUCCUAUUGAACUCUUCUCGAGACAAUUCCCAACCUUUUAUAGGCCUUGCUUUUAAGCUGGAGGCUGGCCGUUUCGGGCAGUUGACUUAUAUUCGAAUUUAUCAGGGGAUGCUGAAAAAAUCCGAUUAUAUCUAUAACACUAGGACUGGGAAGAGAGUGCGUGUGCAAAGACUUGUUCGUAUGCAUUCAGACAACAUGGAGGAUGUAAGUGAAGCUUAUGCUGGAGACAUAUGUGCAUUGUUUGGCAUUGAUUGUGCUAGUGGGGAUACGUUCACUGAUAAAACUAGUACUGACAUUUCCAUGGAAUCAAUUCACAUCCCUGAUCCUGUCAUUUCAGUAGCUAUCAAGCCUUCCAACAAGAAUGACUUUGAUAAAUUUUCGAAAGGCCUCUUUACGAGAGAAGAUCCCACCUUUAGAGUCCACUUUGAUGAUGAGAGCAAAGAGACCAUUGUUUCUGGAAUGGGAGAACUCCACUUGGAAAUCUAUGCUCAGCGAAUGGAAAGAGAAUAUGGCUGUCCUUGCACCAUGGGAAAGCCGAAAGUUGCCUUCAGAGAGAACAUCUCUGCACCUGUGCAGUUUGAAUUUACACACAAGAAGCAGAGCGGUGGGGCAGGCCAAUAUGGUAAAGUUAUAGGGGUUCUUGAGCCUCUGGAUCCUGAGGACUACACAAAGUUGGAAUUCGAAGACAGAACUAUUGGCACAAAUAUCCCAAAACAGUUUGUGCCUGCUGUUGAAAAGGGAUUCCGCGAUGCCUGUGAAAAAGGUCCGGUGUCAGGGCACAGGAUAUCUGGAGUCCGAUUUGUCCUAGAGGAUGGUGCUCAUCACAUGGUGGAUUCUAAUGAAAUCUCUUUCAUCAGAGCAGGAGAAGGAGCUCUGAAGCAAGCUAUGGAUAACGCUUCUGUGCGUAUACUUGAACCCAUUAUGGCAGUGGAGGUGAUGGCACCCACUGAAUUCCAAGGAGCAGUAAUAGCUGGCAUUAAUCGCCGUCAUGGAGUGAUCACAGGACAAGAUGGCACAGAGGGUUACUUUACUCUAUAUGCUGAGGUGCCACUGAACGAUAUGUUUGGAUAUGCCACUGAGCUGAGGUCUUGUACAGAGGGAAAGGGUGAAUAUACGAUGGAAUACAGUAAAUAUCAGCCAUGUUUGCCCAGUACCCAAGAAGAAAUAAUUAACAAAUACCUUGAGGCAACAGGACGACUUCCUGCAAAAAAGGGCAAAGCUAAGAGCUGACUUUUUUUCCUCUUGAGUACACUGAACAGUUUUCCAUCAUCUUCUCUAAAAGCUCAGUUGCCCAAGUGUGACACAAGAGAUUGAGGCCGGCUGGAUAAACGCGGACUGCAGUGGGACUUCAUUACAUCGUAAUACCCUUCCUUUAUGGUAUUCGCAGAAGUCACCAGGAGAUUACAGCGGAAUUGUUCACUUGUAGAUGCUACUCGUUAACAAAAUAUAUAAAUGUGAUAACAUUGACAA